GUAAGCCGCUCCUCCCGCGCCCCCGCCCCCAGCCCGCGCGGCGAUCCCCGGCGCCGACGCCAGGCGCUGGCCGUGGUGCUGAUUCUGUCAGGCGCUGGCGGCGCUGGCGGCGGCCCCGUUCCCUCUCCUCCUCGGGUCCCAGUUCUGCCGACCCCUCUCGUUCCCACGCCUCGCCGAGACCCCCCUGCCCUCCCUCCCGCCGCGGCCCCAACCCGGGGCGCGGCCCCAAGCCAGCACCAUGCACCUCGCAGUUCUGCUGCUCCUGCCCUCGCUGCUGGCGCUCCCGGCUCACGGUCUCUCUCCAGAGGCCCCAACCAUGGGGGAAGGGCAAGUCACAGGCAUGAAGGAGACAGAUGGGGAGCUGACAGCGGCCCCUACACCUGAGCAGCCAGAUCGAGGUGUCCACUUCAUCACAACGGCACCCACUUUGAAGCUGCUCAACCACCACCCACUGCUGGAGGAAUUCCUUCAAGAGGGGUCAGAGAGGGCCAUGGAGGAGCUAAGGCCAGCACUUCCCUUUCAACCUGACCCACCUACACCCUUCACUCCAAGCCCCCUUCCCCGCCUGGCCAACCAGGACAACCGCCCUGUGUUUACUAGCCCCACUCCAGCGAUGGCUGCAGCACCCACACAGCCACAGUCCAGGGAGGGACCUUGGAGCAUAGAGUCAGAGCCUUCUGGGCUGCAUAUCACUGCUCCCUUACCUCCAGGGCCCAGUAUGGCAUUGCCCACUCUGCGCUUAGGGGAGAGGCCUAAUACUACACCUCCCAGCAGAACAUGGACUCCAACCCAGGAGGGUCCUGGAGACAUGGGCAGGCCAUGGGCUCCAGAGGUCAUGUCUCAGACCACAGGGCUUGGGAUUGAGGGAACCAUCGCCACCUCCACAGCCUCAGGGGACGACGAGGAGACCACUACCACCACCACCACCAUCAUUACCACCACCAUCACCACAGUCCAGCCACCAGGCCCCUGUAGCUGGAAUUUCUCAGGCCCAGAAGGCUCUCUGGACUCCCCCACACUGCCCAACUCACCCUCUGAUGUCGGCCUGGACUGUUUCUACUACAUCUCUGUCUACCCUGGCUACGGUGUGGAGAUCAAGGUCCAGAAUAUCAGCCUUCAGGAGGGGGAGACCAUAACAGUGGAGGGCCUGGGGGGGCCUGACCCAUUGCCCCUGGCCAACCAGUCUUUCUUACUGCGAGGCCAAGUCAUCCGCAGCCCCACUCACCAAGCAGCCCUGAGGUUCCAGAGCCUCCCACCACCUGCUGGGCCUGGCACCUUCCAUUUCCACUACCAAGCCUAUCUCCUGAGAUGCCACUUUCCUCGACGUCCAGCUUAUGGAGAUGUGACGGUCACCAGCCUCCACCCAGGAGGCAGUGCACGUUUCCACUGUGCUACUGGCUACCAGCUGAAAGGUGCUAGGCAUCUUACCUGUCUCAAUGCCACCCAGCCCUUCUGGGAUUUCCAGGAGCCUGUGUGCAUUGCUGCCUGUGGAGGAGUGAUCCGAAAUGCCACCACCGGCCGUAUUGUCUCUCCGGGCUUUCCGGGAAACUACAGCAAUAACCUCACCUGCCACUGGCUGCUUGAGGCUCCAGAGAGUCAGCGGCUGCACCUGCAUUUUGAGAAGGUCUCCCUGGCAGAGGAUGAUGACAGACUCAUCAUUCGCAAUGGGGAUAACGUGGAGGCCCCACCUGUGUACGAUUCCUAUGAGGUGGAAUACCUGCCCAUCGAGGGCCUUCUCAGCUCUGGAAGACACUUCUUUGUGGAACUCAGUACUGAUAGCAGUGGGGCAGCUGCAGGGAUGGCCUUGCGUUAUGAGGCCUUCCAGCAGGGCCACUGUUAUGAGCCCUUUGUCAAAUACGGCAACUUCAGCAGCAGCGCACCCUCCUACCCUGUGGGUACCACUGUGGAGUUUAGCUGUGACCCUGGCUACACUCUGGAGCAGGGUUCCAUCAUCAUCGAGUGUGUUGACCCCCACGACCCCCAGUGGAAUGAAACAGAACCAGCCUGCAGAGCUGUAUGCAGUGGAGAAAUCACAGAUUCAGCCGGUGUGGUGCUCUCCCCCAACUGGCCAGAGCCCUACGGCCGUGGGCAGGACUGCAUAUGGGGUGUACAUGUGGAAGAGGAUAAGCGUAUCAUGCUGGAUGUUCGAGUGCUCCGCAUAGGCCCUGGUGAUGUACUGACCUUCUAUGACGGGGAUGACUUGACAGCCAGGGUGCUGGGCCAAUACUCAGGGCCCCGUAGCCACUUCAAGCUCUUUACCUCCAUGGCUGAUGUCACCAUUCAGUUCCAGUCGGAUCCUGGGACCUCAGUGCUGGGCUACCAGCAGGGAUUUGUCAUCCACUUCUUUGAGGUGCCCCGCAAUGACACAUGUCCAGAGCUGCCUGAGAUCCCCAAUGGAUGGAAGAGCCCAUCACAGCCUGAACUGGUACAUGGCACAGUGGUCACUUACCAGUGCUAUCCUGGCUACCAGGUGGUAGGAUCCAGUGUUCUCAUGUGCCAGUGGGACCUAAGCUGGAGUGAGGACCUGCCCUCAUGCCAGAGGGUGACUUCCUGCCGUGAUCCAGGGGAUGUGGAACACAGCCGACGCCUCAUAUCCAGCCCCAAGUUUCCUGUGGGGGCCACCGUGCAGUAUAUUUGUGACCAGGGUUUUGUGCUGACGGGCAGUGCCAUUCUCACUUGCCAUGACCGCCAGGCUGGCAGCCCCAAGUGGAGUGACCGGGCCCCUAAAUGUCUCUUGGAACAGCUCAAGCCAUGCCAUGGCCUCAGUGCUCCUGAGAAUGGUGCCCGAAGUCCCGAGAAGCGGCUCCACCCAGCAGGGGCCACUAUCCACUUCUCAUGUGCCCCUGGCUAUGUACUUAAGGGCCAGGCCAGCAUCAAGUGUAUCCCUGGGCACCCCUCACACUGGAGUGACCCCCCACCCAUCUGUAGGGCUGCCUCUCUGGAUGGGUUCUACAGCGGCCGUAGCCUGGAUGUUGCCAAGGCACCUGCUGCCUCCAGCACCCUGGAUGCUGCUCACAUUGCAGCUGCUAUCUUCUUGCCACUAGUGGCAAUGAUGUUGUUGGUGGGAGGUGUGUACCUCUACUUCUCCAGGCUCCAAGGGAAAAGUCCCCUGCAGCUGCCCCGAACACGUCCUCGUCCCUACAACCGCAUCACCGUGGAGUCAGCAUUUGAUAAUCCCACUUAUGAAACUGGAUCUCUUUCCUUUGCAGGAGACGAGAGAAUAUGAAGUCUCCAUCUAGGUGAGGGCAGCCCAGCCUGGGGAUCCUCAGCCCUGCACAGCAAGGCUCCCCGCUUCCUGCUGUCCCUCCACCUCCUGUACAUACCACCUGGGAAGAUGCCACCAAUCCCUCAAGAACUUGUGCACCUCCCUGCCUGCAAUGCCCACCAUGGCCUAUUUUCUUGGCACCCACUUAAGACACUUCCUUGGGCUCAAGUCAAGAAGCUCCUGACUCUGAGGAGAACACAGCUAGACCACAUCACUGACAGCCAGCAUUAUGACCUCCCUCAUGCUCUGUUUCUCCUGCCUUGAAGUCACUGGCAGACAAAGAGCACUUUCUCCACAUGGUCACCAUCCAGCUCUGGCAUGUAGGCCCAAUAGGGCUGACUUGACAAUGGUGGAAACUGCACCAAGGUACUUCUCACAGGACCAUCAUCAGUGGUCAAAACUGCUCUCAACAGUGGCCUGAAAGGCCAAACCUCAGGGAGGUUUCCAGUCUCUUCUCUAAAGCCCUAGAAAUGAAGAGCUUUGCCUCCUUCCCCAUCCCAGUGGAGGCAUUAAUUAGAAGGGAUCUAAAAGGGUUCACAGACUCUACCCCAAGCUCGGGUUGGGCUUCACCAGUUAUUGACACUCUACACCAAAGGAGAACACCACUGCUUCCUGGCAGCCCUAUACCCUUAGGAGAAGGAAACCUUCUUUGAUGCUUAUCUGUCUGUUACAAACAUUCCCUUUCCCACUAGUCCCUCCUCCAAGCCAUUUGCCAGCCUUUUCCUCCUGCCUCUAUGUUAUGGCUUAAGAGGGGUAGGUAGGCAUAUUCUGGAGAGGAGCAGAAGUCCAAGGACCCAGGAAUUUGGCAUGGAUUGGGGGGGUUGGAGAGCCCCAGGAAUAAGCCUAGGAGCUGGUUUAAGGCCACUUUGUACAUAUAAUGUAUUAUAUGGGGUCUGGGCUCCAGCCAGAGAACAAUCUUUUAUUUCCAUUGUUUCCUUAUUAAA